UCGGCCUCCGCGCCCAGAGCUGCGCACCACACUCGGGUGCGCAGAGGGCGCGCAUGGCUGCGGUGGGGCCUCGGACGGGCCCGGGCUCCGGGGCCGAGGCGCUGGCGCUGGCGGCGGAGCUGCAGGGCGAGGCGACGUGCUCCAUCUGCCUGGAGCUCUUUCGGGAGCCGGUGUCUGUCGAGUGCGGCCACAGCUUCUGCCGCGCCUGCAUCUCGCGCUGCUGGGAGCGCCCGGGGUCCGGGGCCACCGCCGCCGCGCCCCUCGCCCUGUCCGGCUCUCUGCCCUGCCCGCAGUGCCGCGAGCCUGCGCGCCCCGGCCACCUGCGGCCCAACCGGCAGCUGGCCGCCGUGGCCACGCUGCUGCGGCGAUUCAGCCUGCCCGCGGCCGCCCCGGGCGAGCGCGGGCCGCGGGAGGCGGCGGCCAGGUGCGCGCAGCACGGAGAGCCACUCAAGCUCUACUGCCAGGACGACGGCCGCGCCAUCUGCGUGGUGUGCGACCGCGCCCGCGAGCACCGCUCGCACGCCGUGGUGCCGCUGGACGAGGCGGUGCAAGAGGCCAAGGAGCUGCUGGAGUCCAGGCUGAGGGUCUUGAAGAAGGAGCUGGAGGACUAUGAGACGUUCAGGUCCACAGAGGAGAAGGAGAGCAGGGAGCUCCUGAAGCAGAUGGCGGCCGAGCGGGAGAAGGUGGGGGCCGAGUUCCAGGCACUGCGGGCCUUCCUGGUGGAGCAGGAGGGUCGGCUCCUGGGCCGCCUGGAGGAGCUGUCCAGGGAAGUGACACAGAAGCAGAAUGAAAACUUGGCCCAGCUCGGGGGAGAGAUCACCCUGCUCGCCAAGCUCAGCAGCCAGAUCCAGGAGACGGCUCGCAAGCCUGACCUUGACUUUCUCCAGGAGUUCAGAAACACACUAAACAGGUGCAGCAGUGUGCCCAGCCCCAAGCCAGCCACCGUCUCCUCCGAGAUGAAGAAUAAAGUCUGGAAUGUUUCCCUCAAGACUUUUGUCUUAAAGGAGCUGCUCAAGAAGUUCAAAGAGGAUCUUCGGGAAGAGCUGGAGAAAGAGGAGAAAGUGGAGCUGACCCUGGACCCCGACACGGCCAACCCCCGCCUCCUCCUCUCUCUGGAUCUGAAGAGCGUGCGCCUCGGGCAGCGCGCCCAGGACCUGCCCAGCCACCCGAGCCGCUUCGACACCAACACCCGGGUCCUGGCGUCCUGCGGCUUCUCCUCGGGCCGCCACCACUGGGAGGUGGAAGUGGGCUCCAAGGACGGCUGGGCCUUCGGGGUGGCCCUGGAGAGCGUGCGCCGCAAGGGUCUCACGCCCUUCACCCCCGAGGCGGGCGUGUGGGCGCUGCAGCUCAACGGCGGCCAGUACUGGGCGGUGACCAGCCCCGAGCGCACGGCCCUCAACUGCGGGCAGCUGGCGCGCGUGCGGGUGGCCCUGGACCUGGAGGUGGGGGCCGUGUCCUUCCACGCCGCGGAGGACAUGCGCCACCUCUACACCUUCCGCGUCAACUUUCAGGGGCGUGUGUUCCCCCUUUUCUCUGUCUGCUCCACUGGCACCUACUUGCGAAUCUGGCCUUGAGGGGGGUCAGUCGGUCAGGGGUGAAUGCAGCCGCCUCCUGGACACCCCUAGGACGGGAUGUUUGCCGUCCUGGCCACUCUAGCCUGUACCGUCCAUACUCAUGCCCCGGCUGCCCCAGAGGGGCUUCUGCAGAACACAACAUUGGCGGCACAAGAGUGGGGGGAAAGGGUCAGCUGAACAAGGCAAGCGUCUCCUUGCACCCUUGGAGCCUGUCCCUUCCGUGUUGGGGGCAGGAAGGUUUGGCCUGAGCGGUGGGGAGGGAGACGCAAGUGAGGACAGAAGCCGGGCUCCCCAAAAGAGUUGAAAGAGAGGGACAGGGGUGCUUCUUGUUGCAUGGGGUUCACUGGGUCUUCUGGUUCCAUGGAACAACGUGCCGUGUCCUGGUCCCGUGCUGUCCUCGGCCAGCCAAGUCCAUCAUCGCUUCUGCUUGGCUUCCGGAUCCAGCUGGCUUGACAAGGUCAUCCUGCUCAUGGAGGAGGAGCUCUGUACUCCCAGCUCAGAGGACAGUCUGCACCAGAACGGAAGGAAAUCCUUGACCUGUAGAUGAGGGAAAAGCCACAUGAGAAAUCCCAGAACUUUAGCAUAUAGGUGUGGUACCCCAAAGCACCCCUUAGCCCAUUGACCCAGAGUGAUAUGUGCAUCCUCCACCACAACGAUGGCCAACACGUGUUCUCAAAGAUACCUAAACCCCCACCUGCAAGUGUCAAAGGACAGUCUCCAGUGGGAGAGGAGAUCAAAGGCUCUGGAAUUUGGCAAUGCAAGUUGGCGUUUAUAAUUUCACAGAUGCAACUAGCACCAGCAUAGAAAUGCACAGAGCACAAACAUGCUCCUGACAGACCCUUCCUGGAACUCGCUAACAGGACUCUGGUGCCAAAACUUGCUCAGCUUGUACCCUGGUGGACCUUCAGCUGACACCAUCAUUAUCCCUUGGCUAAUCGUAACCCGGUUUCUGGAUUAUGAUGGGCUUCUGUAAGGCUGGUGGUAAGGGGUUCCCUGCUUGGUGCUGCCAAAGGAAAGGGGAUGGAGAGAUGGAAAUAUAGACUAUAAGCUCAACUCUAGGGUGGCCUGACUCAUUCCCAUCUCCCCAGGCCUGAGUGCAGAAACACAAGUGUGAGCAAAGAUUUCUGCCAGACUGGGUGAGCAUGUGUGUUUAUGUGUGUGAGCGUGUGCACAUAUUUUUAUAUCUCAGAUUGUGGGGGAGGACAUGUAGAUUGUGGAGAGGGC